AUGAUAAUGAUUGCUUCCCUGUCGUCCCGAGUGCCCGCUGUGGUCAGGAAUGCGGGCGCAGAGCCCGUGCUCAGCAGCAGUGCCGCUGGUGGUGGUGAUGGCGAGUGUCUGCAGACGGAGCCGUGCUGGGACACGCUGCUCCCGUGCACCGGGGCCCGGCGCAGUUCCCCUGCCGCCUUCCGGCUGGUGGCUCCGGUGUAUCACCCGGCUCUGCCAUGCCUAGUCUCCCCACCUGUGAGGCGGCGAUGGCCACCUUCCUCAUGGGGCUGCAUGUGCACCCAAGUGCAGCCGCCCCCAAGGGGUACCCUCCAAGUCCUUCGCGGUGAUGGCACUUCUGUGGGGUCUGUCAUCGUGUUCCACUGCCCCUUAGGACACCAGAUGAUGGGAUCCGGCCUCCUCACCUGUACCUGGAAGGGGAGCAUCGCCAAGUGGUCUUCAGGGACCCCUGUGUGCAAGUCCGUGAUGCCCCAGGAGACCUUCGGCUUCAGGGUGGCUGUGAUCGCCUCCAUCGUCAGCUGUGCCAUCAUCCUGCUCAUGUCCAUGGCCUUCCUCACCUGCUGCCUCUUGAAGUGCUUGAAGAGGACCGAGCAGCGGCGCUUUGACAGAACUGCCCAGCUGUGGCUCCAGCCCAGGGGUGAAGACCUGGACACUCUGCAGGCUCCCUACCUGGGCCUCAGGGGCUUGAGUAACAACAGCGGCGUGGAACCCAGGAGCCAGCCUGGCCAGGCACAUGACAACCACAGCUUCACCACAGACCUUGGUGAGCGCACCAGAGAACUGGCUGGUUUGUCCUGCAGCGUGAACAAGGACCCCCGGAUCUGCAGCAGUGCCGCCUGUUCACCUUGGGCCCAGGUGAUGGUGCAAGUGAACCCAGGGCAGACCCUGCCUGCCCCCAGGCCCACUGCUGGAACGCCCAGGCAGCCCACGAACUCGCUGGAGUCUCAGAAUGGAUCUUGCACAGUUUAUGGCAGCGAUUACAGGAAGCACCAGGUGUGGCAGAACCUGGACCCUCAUCCCACAGGCUGUGCCACUGUGCCAGGUGAUUCAGAGCUGGCAGCAGCAGGAGUCCCGCCUGGCGACUGGCCCACAGGGCUGGAGGAGCUGCUGUAG